AUGGGAUACAUACCCUAUCACUACUACCCCGUCACCACUACCCCACCAACACCACUACCCCACCAACACCACGACCCAACCAACACCACUACUCCACCAACACCACUACCCCACCAACACCACGACCCCACCAACACCACGAACCCACCAACACCACGAACCCACCAACACCACGAACCCACCAACACCACGAACCCACCAACACCACUACCCCACCAACACCGCUACCCAACCAACACCACUACCCCACCAACACCACGACCCCACCAACACCACUACCCCACCAACACCGCUACCCCACCAACACCACUACCCCACCAACACCACGACCCCACCAACACCACUACCCCACCAACACCACUACCCCACCAACACCACGACCCCACCAACACCACUACCCUACCAACACCACUACCCCACCAACACCACGACCCCACCAACACCACUACCCCACCAACACCACGACCCUACCAACACCACUACUCCACCAACACCACUACCCCACCAACACCACGACCCUACCAACACCACUACCCCACCAACACCACUACCCCACCAACACCACGACCCUACCAACACCACUACCCCACCAACACCACUACCCUACCAACACCACGACCCCACCAACACCACGACCCUACCAACACCACUACCCCACCAACACACAUACAGUGCACAUAG